CCUUGUUCUCAUGCUGAGGAGGUUUCACUCAACCGUGCGGCGAUUCUCUUUAAGUUGCUGCUCCAGUACCACCAGCGGCCCAUUCGUUUGGGACUAUGAGCUCGUUUGGAGACGACGACGAUUUGUUGGUUGGUGCUGACUUGGAAACCAUCGACCCCAGAUUGCUUCAGGAGGCAACUCCAGUUAAGCCCACCAAUCGAGCACCACAUAACUCUCUGGCCAACCAGUUUGGCCAAGAUACAACAGCAGCGCCUUAUGCCUCAGGCAAUCAGUCUUUUCAGACGAACCAAGGUACGACAGUUGUGCAGAACCCGCGCAGUCAAGAACAACAACGAAACGUCCACGCCCCUCCGGGUAUGGGACCCAUGUCAAACAAUAUAAACAGUAGGGCUGGUCCCAACACAGUUCCGCACAACACAGUUCCGCCCAAUGGUAUCCCCAAUAAUCCAUCAUCGAUGCAAAUGCAUCAUCAGACCAACCAAGGGUCUCUGCACCAGCAAUCAACAUCCUCUGAGCGUCCCAAGCAGGCUCAGAUGCAACCGGGGCCAGGGCAGCAACAGAUAAAUCAGUCGACGACUGUACCACCGCAACCUGGUCCGCAUCCAAUGCAGAACCAACAGGAACGGACGCAUCUGCCACCACAACAGAAUGCGCAGCAAACCGGGGAGCAGAAUCGGAAUGUACAGAACGGUGCAAGCAACGGACAUCAAGGACCAGGCUAUCAGCAGAAGGAGAACCAAAUGCAGUCAGCCCUGAAGCCUUCCCCGACCCGGUCUCUAGACGCGUCCAAGAGGCUCGUAACGCAGAAGUCAGCCCCCGGAGGCUUGGGCAUGGGACAAGGCGGUGGCGCUAGUUUCCCGCAACGCUCAGGCCCAAAUGCAACGAACAAUAACCCCAAGAAUAGUGGGCAGGGGCACCCACGCCAAAACGGUAUGCAGCAGAAUACCGGGCAACACCGAACGUCUCAAGCUGGACAGCAAGAGGGUGGGCAACAGCACAAUGGCCAGAAUGUAAAUAUGCAAAGCGCAAAUGGCCAACAGCAAAUGAAGCGAGGACUCGAUGCGUUGGAUCCUAGGCCGAAUGGAUCAGGGUUCGCUCAACAUAGCGGGUCCGCGCCUGGAUCAGCAGUCCAAAAUACCAUGCACCCUCAGCAUAUGCAGGCGGAGAAUGGAUCGGGUCAACGCUUCGCUCCUGCAAUGAAGCGGCCGCGAACGGAGAUCCCCGGUUUCACGUGAGACACGCCGCGCUACAUCGUUGUGGAUUCGCGACGUCGCCUCUUUCUUAGGUGAUUGUAUUGUGGACGUUGAGGAGGGCCUCCGGACACCUUCUGCGCCCAGUAAAUCUGGAUUUGUACAUAUA